AUGCUGUCGAUGGACCGCAGGAAUUUCCAUGCGUGGGGGUACAGGCGGCAUGUUGUCAGCCAGCUGGAGAGCAGGGAACUGGGCGGGGAUUCGUUGGUGGAGAGCGAGUUUGCGUAUACUGACCGGAUGAUCCGGGCUGAUUUGAGUAAUUUCUCGGCUUGGCAUAGCAGGAGCACGCUGAUUCCGAGGCUGUUGGAUGAGAGGGGGGCGGGGGAGGAGGAGAGGAGGGCUUUUUUGGAUGCCGAAUUGACCCAAAUCCGAGAAGCGCUCAAUGUCGGCCCCGACGAUCAGUCACUGUGGUAUUAUCACCAGUUCCUUGUCGACAACCUCGUCAGUCCAGUUAGGCGUCCCACCAUUGUCCCGACCUUGACGGUAGAUCAGAGGGUGGACUACCUCUUGAAAGAAAUCACGGAAAUCAAGGAUCUGCUAGAGGAUUAUGAGGAUGUGAAGCUGAUCCAUGAGGCGUUGUUGGAAUACACGCUGGGGUUGUGUCAGCUGGAGAAGAGGAAACCUCUUGAGCAUGAGAGGCAGGAUCUGAUAUCUUGGGUGAAGAAGUUGAAGGAGUUGGAUCCGAUGAGGAUGGGGAGGUGGGUCGAUUUGGAGAGGGAUUAUGGGUUGACUGAGUUGCUUCCUGGCGGGGGGGGUGGGUGGUUAUGA